CCAUUUGCGCUGGACGCUUAGGACGCUUGAACAAACUCUGGCCUGGUCGAUCGAAGAGAAAAAAGAUGAUCGAACAAAUCUAAGAUGCGAGGCACUUACUUGUUUGUAGAACUGGGGAUAAUAGGACAUCAUUGGUUUGGGGAUAAAGAAAAAGGAUAAAAGGCAAGGUCCCGAGGCCUAAAACGUCCUAUCCCCUCCUUCUCCUUCAACUCGUCCGCAAUGCCCCUUCAGGUUUUCGGCUGGACGCCAUCAACCGACUCUACUAUCACAAAGGAAUUUGACCUCUAUCGCCGCUCGAAUACGAAAUCUUGGGCCGCCAGUCCGCUUUCUAGUUCCCCUUCCGAAGAAGACCCCGACCCCGACGCAGACGAUGAUGACCGACCGAGGAGAGGCGACCCGAACUGGGUAGCCCGCCCUAGAAACGCAUUCAUCAUCUUCCGAUGCCACUACUCCAAGCAAAACGCUCGUAACACUGGCGUGGGUGGAAAGCGAGGAUUGCCCCCUGUAGACAAGACAAUGUCCAAAAGGGCAGGCGAUGCGUGGAAGUCGCUUUCUAAAUCCAGGAAAAAUUACUACAAGCAGCUCGCAGAUCAAGAGAAAAAGGUUCAUGCACUCGCACAUCCUGGGUAUCGUUACCGACCUAAAAAGCGCACUUCGUCUUCUCGGCGACGUCGUCAUGGUGGUAAUCCUGUUUCUCGAGCUUCACAGUCUGCGGAUAGCCGUCUGGAGUCUUCGAACACAGUUUCUGACGACGAUGACUACGUUCCUCCAGUUGCUGAGGUUUCGCAACCAGUCGUCGAAAGUACACCUAGGUUCUUGAAGCGCAGAUCUAUCUCGGUGCCUAUUCUCCCGCCUCUUCUCCUGACUCCACAGGAAAGACUUGAAAUGCGUAGGACUAGUAAGUCAGGUGUUCUGACUUUGCCUUCCUCGCCCCUUUCGUCUCCUGGUAGCAGUAUCAGUACAUUUGAGCUCCUGUAUCCCGAGUAUCCAGAUCAUGACUCUGCCCUCGGAUUCGGGUCUCUUUCCCUUACCCUUGAACCGAAGUUAUCAGCCACGCCUCCGCUAGCGACAGUCUCCUCUUCUCUCGCAGGCUGGAAUGGGUUAGUGGUUCCCCAAAUAAACCAGACGGUGUCGACCUCGCCUAUGUCCGAGUCCUCUUCCGCGCCUCCUGGAUGGGCAAUAACCGCUCCGACGGAAGUCAACUGUCACAUGUACAACCCCGAAGGAUACGCGUCUACUAUGACCCCAGCCUCUUACUGGAACCCAGGCGUCGUUGUAGAAAGCGCCGCUCUCCAUAAUUACAAUAUUGGUCUGAUGGACCAAUCGACACCGGAGGAUUACUUGAUGUUCGACACGCCCGUCGCGGAAGAGCAGCAGAUUUUCGAAGGGUUUUGCCAUUUUUAAGAACUUUUACCUUCCACAUAGUUAAAAAAAACCCCAUUCUAUGAAAGCUUUCUUUUUCUCACCAUGUAUCCAAUAGUAUGCUUUCUCUCGAACAUACCUGUAUUAUAGCUCGCGAUUGUCUAUAUCCUACCUUUGUAUCUAGUAUAAUUUUUGC